AUGGACUUCAAACUCAAGUCCAAGGAUCUUUCCAAUCUUGUUCGACUCACGUUCGACAACACUACAGUUUCGGACGUCGAGUCCUACGUGCUCCAGGAGUACGAGAAGAAGCUGGGUGGUCUCGAUGGGAUCCUGAGAUCCUUGAAGAUCGAGAAGGAGAAGGGUGUCAACUCCAACGAUGUCAAGGACAGGGCCAACUUCUUUGGCAAGAAUGAGGUUGAACAAGAGCCGCAGGAGCCGCUCUGGAAACUGAUGUGGGAGGCCUUGCAAGACCCGACCCUGAUUUUCCUCACCUGUGCUGCCAUCCUCUCGCUCCUCAUCGGUGUCUUCGUUGAGCAAAAGCCAUACGGGUGGCUUGAGGGAGUGGCCAUCUUGUUUGCGGUGGUGGUGGUUGUCACUGUUGGUGCCGUGAACGAUUACCAGAAGGAGAAGCAAUUCCGUGACUUGAACGCAAAGAAGGAUGACAUUGACAUCACUGUCAUCCGUGACGGGCAGCAGACGACCAUCUCGACCAAGCAACUUGUUGUUGGCGACAUUGUUCUGCUGAGCACUGGAGACAUUCUUCCAGCUGAUGGCAUCGUUCUUGGUCGCAAUGAUCUCGCUAUCAACGAGAAGAUGCUCACGGGUGAAACUGUGAUGAAGAAGAAGUCCAGCAGCUACAUCCUCGAGCAUGGUUCUGUUAAGAGCAGCCCAACCUUGUUCGCCGGCACCUUUGUUCAAGAAGGGGAGGGCAGGAUGUUGGUCGUUGCCGUUGGAGCGAGCACAUACCAGGGAACCAUGGAGGAGAAGAUGAAGGAAGCUGAGGGCGGUCGCAGCAUCCUGCAGAAGAAGCUCGAUGCCAUGACGGAUCUCAUCACAACUGUCAGCAUGUGGGUUUCCAUCGCGCUGGUGGUCAUCCUCUGCCUUCGCAUGUUCUAUGCCUUCUACGCUGGGAAGUGCUGCUUCGAGAAAUGGGACCACAAGAUUCACUGGUCUGAGUUGCUCGGAUUCAUCAUCACUGGCAUCACCAUCUUCGUUGUUGCGGUUCCUGAGGGGUUGCCCCUUGCCGUCACCAUCGCCCUGGCCUUCUCUGUCAAGAAGAUGCUCAAAGAUCAGAACUUGGUCAGGCAUUUGAGCGCGUGCGAGACUAUGGGUGGAGCCACCACGAUCUGCUCGGACAAGACCGGUACCUUGACCACUUCAAGGAUGACUGUCGUCAAGGCAUGGUGCGGAAACAGAGUCUUCUCCAACAUGAGAGAUAUCGGCGCGCAGCUCCCACAGAUCAAGGAGAAGUUCGCGACUGCUGCGGUGGUCAACACCCUGUUCAAGACUUACCUGAAGAAGAAUACCAACGGGACCUGGGCCUACUGCGGAAACGAUACUGAGUGCUCGCUGCUCAUUAUGGCGAACGAGAUCGGCCACAGCUACGAGUCGAUCAGACAGAAGUACCCCGACGAACAGAUCGGUCGUGUGUGCUACACCUUCUCCUCGGACAGGAAGAGGAUGAGUACUGUCGUGCCCCAGAACGGCAAGGAGGUUCUCUACUGCAAGGGAGCUGCCGAGAUCGUGUCUGCCCUCUGCCCAAGAAUCAUGACGGCAGAUGGCUCCAUCAAGGACAUCGACGUUGCGAUGCGCAAUCAGAUCGAGCAGAUCAUCUCUGACUUUGCUGACGAGGGUCUGAGAACUCUCUGCAUCGCCCAGAGGGAGCUGUCCAAACCAUCGGAGCAGAUGUCUCUUCCCGAACUUGAGGCCGACCUGACCCUCGUUGGGAUCGUCGGUAUCGAGGACCCUCUUCGUGACGAAGUCCCGGGGGCCAUCAAGGACUGCCAGACCGCAGGGAUUGUCGUGCGUAUGGUCACUGGUGACAACAUCCAGACGGCUCGCGCCAUCGCAAAGAAAUGCGGCAUCAUCACCAGCGAAGAUGGGGAGGGUUCCGUGCUCGAUGGCAAGACGUUCAGAGAUCGCGUCUGCGACUCGGACGGCAACAUCAUCCAGUCAGAGUUUGAUAAGGUCUGGCCUCCCCUGAGGGUGCUUGCUCGCUCCACGCCUCUCGACAAGCACGUGCUGGUCUCUGGUAUCCAGGCUUCCACUGUUGGGAUCAAACAGACCGUUGCCGUGACUGGAGACGGAACCAACGACGCUCCCGCUCUCAAGAAGGCCGAUGUUGGUUUUGCCAUGGGUAUUCAAGGGACCGACGUGGCUAAGAAUGCUUCGGACGUAAUCAUCAUGGACGACAAUUUUGUUUCCAUCGUCGCAGCCGUCAAGUGGGGCCGCUGCGUUUACGACAACAUCUGCAAGUUCCUGCAGUUCCAGCUGACGGUCAACAUCACCGCCUGCUCGUUGGCCUGCGUUGGCGCUGCCAUCUUGACGGAGAGCCCUUUGAAUGCUAUCCAGAUGCUCUGGGUCAACUUGAUCAUGGACUCCUUUGCUUCCCUGGCGCUCGCCACCGAAGAUCCGACUGACGAGCUCCUGAGGAGGAAGCCGUACCCCCGUGAUCAGGCUGUUCUUUCGCAGACGAUGGUGCGAAACAUGGUCUUGCAUGCCUCGUGGCAGCUGAUUGUGCUCUCGUUCCUUAUCUUCGGGAUGGGAGAUGUCUGCCGCGGCACCGGCUCUGUCUGCGAGGGAGAAAUCCUGGUGGAUUACUUUGGAAACAUCCGCAGCGGACGACCUGCGGCGUACGACUGGAACGGAGUGCCGGGUGCCUGCAUCCCCAUGUAUAACUCCUCGGACCCCUCGACGUUCGAUGCCAAGACCGGCAAGCCCCUCAGGCCUCACGACUUCUGCUCCGGCGCCCACCACGGUGUCAGCGACCACACGCAGCAUUACACCAUGGUGUUCAACGUCUUCGUGCUGAUGCAGAUCUUCAACGAGAUCAACUCCCGCAAGAUCCACAACGAGCUCAACGUCUUUGACGGAGUGUUCCGCAACUCCUUCUUCCUCGUUAUUGUCAUCGGAACCCUCAUCACUCAGUUUGCCCUGAUCGAGGUGCCUGGGCUCAACGCCGCCUUCGGCUGCACUCACCUGACCCGGGAUCAGUGGAUCGCCUGCCUUCUCUUGGGAGCCUCUGUGAUCCCUCUCAACGUUCUGUUCCACAUGGUACCAGUCUCCUGGUUCCCCGCUGGAGGCGGGGGCAUGCCCGAGGACGACGAGGAGGAGGCUGAGGGAAAGCAGAAGUCCAAGGACGAAUAA